UAAUAUUAUUGAUCGGUCCAUUCAGAGCAUCUGUACAAAAUAGUUUUUUAGAUUGUUAACGUGAUGUUAUUGUUUUGCGCGUAGUGCCUAGAUUAAAUAUGUCCUCGAUGUGUGAUAGAUAGUUGUUAUCGGCCCGCUACUUGUGCGGCUUGACUAAACAAUGUUAAUCAGUACUUUGUCGUGUGGCAGGCGCUUCGUUUGCUCAAGUAACGUGUGAUAAUAGACGGUAUGAGUGUUUGAGCCCUCGCUAGUGUUAACCAAAGCCAUGACGCGGUCCAGCUACCGACCCCUGGUGCCCCGGUCUUCGAACAACUCCCUGGAUAACCGCGAGACCGGGACAACGUCACCUCCAGGCGAGCCUCUAGUCCGAGCCCCAGCGGGCAAGCCAAGAUGUCCGCCCGCCAUCUCAAGGCUGCGCGUCGAGAAAGUUGAGGGCGGUCUGGCGGUUGCCGGCGUCGUAGUCGCCGCCAACUGCCAGAUCGUCCUGCCCAUAUUCGGCUUCCUCUUCAUGCUGGUUGGAUGCGUGCUUACUGCUACGUCGUACCGUGUCCGUGGGGAAAAUGAAGAGCAGGAGCAUUAUCAAGAACGCAUCGCAUUUACGGGAAACUCUCGGGUGCUCGGCCCCGUUUGCAUAGUAGCUGGUGCACUAAUGACAAUUGCAGGUAUCGUCCUAUGCAUACUGAUGCGUGCAGCCCAGCGACGCCAAAGGAGGCUGGCAUUCCACUGUCCCAUUCACGGAGACUUCUAUCCCUUGAGCCCACAGAAUACCAGAAAAUAUUCCCGGAGUCCCAGCGGAAUCUGGCUUGGUAUCCGCAGCUGGCUCGGGCUGGUGGAGGAGGGCGAGUCCCCGCGCUGCCCGCGCUCCGCGGAGCCCGCGUCACCGGCCCGUGCUGACGCGCCUUGCCCGCCGCCUUUACCUUUCCUUGUGCCAUCUGACUCCGUCGUGGGUAUGGCGUCAGUUUUAGGAGCUCCGUUAAGCCCUGAAGCAACGUUUGGAUCUAUUAAGUCUCUCGCUAUAUCCAGAGAAGUGGCAAGCUUCCCACUUUCACGCUCUCCAACUCCACCCCCUCUGAGUUGUCCACCGUUCAAAGAAGAGCCAAUGAUCCAGAACGACAUCCCGAAUGCGGUGACUCGACCCGACUUCGACUGCGGGUCGCCGACGUGCAACUACAGAGUCGUCGAGUGCAAGCUCACGACCACCGACGAGAUUUGCCGAGGCGUCCCCAUGCAUGCCAGCGUCCAUAAGGCCUCAGACAGAACCAGACCAACCACAGUUUCCAUCACGAUACCUAACGAAGGAAAGGGCUAACCGAUCUCAAUGGACUGAAAUCAUUAGAUAAUUAUUAUAUUUGAUGAGAACAAUGUGAACUUAUUUUGAUAAUAAGGCGAGGUCAUAUUGAACCCGUCUAUUCAAGGCAUGUUGUUUAGACGGAACGGAGUACGAUGUAAUAUUUUCCAUUAAGCCAUUACCUUUGCAUAUUGAUUUUAAUGUUAGCUCAAAUAAUCACAUCUGUCUUCCGUUAGUAGCACCAUCUGACGAAUACUGAACGUCUCACUGAAACUAAAAUUCACUCUAUCUUCUAUACGUGUUAAUAUCUAAAGUACUAAAGUAUCCCACUUCUGAUUAUAUUAUGUAAGUAAUAUUUUUGGAACCUACUUAAAUAUAAGUUAUAGCACAGACGCAAAUUAUAACGUAAUCCAUGUAAACCUAUGCUCAGAAUGAUUACUCAAUCAGUUUAACUAAUUAAGUCUCAAUUAUUAUCGUACUUUCUUUGCUCUAUGUAUAGCAAUAUGUCCCGCCAAAUGUGGUAUGUAAGUAAGAGGUGUAAAUGAAAGAUCAAUUCAGGAAUAUGAUUGACUGCUAUAUCACUAAAAGUUAUUUAAAAUUAGUUUAUACUUUUGUCAUAAUUCAUAAAAUAGCUAUUAUAAUUUAACUGACAAAUUAUUCCUAAUUCAAAAUUGUUUAUUGCGACAUCAUAAUUAUGUAUGUGAGUAUUAUGUGCGGUGUAUAUUGUAUUGUGUGAAAUGCUCAUAUGUAUGUAUAUGUGUCCUAGUCGUAAAAUAAUUGAUUGUUUUUCAUAUGACAUUUAUAUUUGACGAAAUGGUUGUCGAAUCAAUGUAUAAAAGAGGCAGAACAAGAAUUGUAUAGCUACCUACUUAAAUGAUUCUCUUAGAUAACACAACUCCCCAAUAAUACCGGAUGACCGAAGCUGAAAGUUUAAUUAAUACUUGUAAUAUCAGAAUGUUAUCAUACCUAUGUCAGAAAUUACAAUAAAGAAGAUGAAUAUUUAGUAAUCCGUAUUAUGUAUUUUCCUAUAUGUAUAGUUUUGCUAAUUAAUCUAGUAGGUGUUUGUCUCUGAAACCAAAAAAACUAAAAUUCAUCAUUCAUUUUCGACUAAGGUACUACAGUAGGUAAAUCGCUCAGUGACAUUAUAACCUGUAUAGUAGAUAAUUUCGUUGAUUACGUUGAUCGUAUCAUAGUAGCUAUUUAAGAAAUUAAGUUAAGAUAAGUACAUUCAUACUUCAUACAAACACAUAUUACCCCUAGUCGUAGUUCCGAAAUGUGAUAUUUUUAUUUAUUUAACAUGGUCGAUGAUAUUUUGGUACAACACUUCAAUUUUAUAUUUAUUUUAAAACUAUUUAUACCUAUACAUAAAUUCUUCAAUUUUAAUUAUUUUGGUGAAAUUGCCAAAAGAUGUUGCCAAAAUUCAUAAUACAUUGCAUUAUUUGAAACCGUUUAAGUCACCAUUUAAAUGUUUGGUGAUGUGCAAUAUUAUGUUCAUAUUUUUUUAGCAUCACACUCAAUCAUGCUCACAAAAGACAUAGUAGGAUGCAAAAGGUGUAGAUAGAAUUGUAGUCCAAGUGUAAAAUUAGCUAUUACUCGUAGUCUAACAAGUAACAGAUGAUUUUUGUGAUGAAGGCAUUUAUUGGCCAGGUUGUUCGAAAUCGUAAGGAAUGUCAUUUUUAUAAUCCUUAGGUAAGUGCCACGCCUAAGUAACCUAUUAUUAUUGUAUACUUAAUUAAGCUAUUUAAUUUUGUUAUAAUCGUAAGGACAACGUGAAAAUACAAUUUUGAAGUUAAA